CGGGACCGGAAGUUCCUUUGUUGUUGAGUGCGGAAACCCGGAAGUGAAGAAAACAAGCGUCUAAAGAGAAGGGAGCGCGAUGGGAUGCGAUGGCGGGACGAUCCCGAAGAGGCACGAAUUGGUGAAGGGUCCGCGGAAGGUGGAAAAGGUUGACAAAAAUGCAGAGUUAGUGGCACAGUGGUAUUACUGUACUCUGAGUCAAGAAAAAUUAAGCAGACCUAUAGUAGCUUGUGAACUUGGCAGGCUAUAUAAUAAAGAUGCAGUCAUUGAAUUCCUGCUGGAUAAAUCUUCUGAUAAAGUAUUAAUGGAGGCUGCAUCCCAUAUCAAGAGUAUUAAGAAUGUCAUAGAACUGAACCUCACUGAAAAUCCAGCUUGGACUGGUGACAAAGGCAAUACGAAAGGGGAUAAAUAUGAUGACAUCCAGAGUGCACGUUUUAUUUGUCCUGUAGUUGGAUUAGAAAUGAAUGGAAGGCAUCGGUUUUGCUUCUUGCGCAGCUGUGGUUGUGUCUUCUCUGAACGUGCUCUCAAAGAAAUUAAAACAGAAGCCUGUCAUAAGUGUGGAAUCCCUUUUAAAGAGAAUGAUGUGAUUGUACUUAAUGGCACUAAAGAGGAUGUGGAAGUGCUGAAGAAACGAAUGGAAGAGAGAAGGCAAAAAAGUAAAUUGGAGAAGAAAUCCAAGAAAUCUAAGGCAGCAGAGACUGUUGUGAAAUCUGAAGCUAUUGCAGAGUCACCCAUAUCUCAAGUGAGUACUGAAAAAGAAGCCACAGUCAUUAAAUCUGGGGAAAAGAGAAGCAUUGCUUUCUGCAAGAGUACAGCAGCCAAUGAAAGUGUGUCGUCUUCAUCUGGAAAAGAAAGCAAAAAUGCAUCCGGGGCCCCGAAGCGGUCCAUUGCAAACAUUGAGAAGUCAGAAGCAUACAAGUCUAUUUUUACUUCCCACAGUUCAGCCAAACGUUCCAAGGAAGAGUCUUCCAAUUGGAUUACACAUACAGCAUAUUAUUUCUAAAAUGGCAACGUAUAUGAUUUCUAGCUCUUUCCACCCAUCUGCUUUUCCUCCUACAAAGGAAGUCUUUGUUAGCUGGCUGUGUGCAAUUUUGCGAAUGAUUUAAAGCACUAGUCAAUGUAGUUUUGUAUAAUAGAUAAUAAAAGCAGAGCUGAAGCUAUCUUUGGUUUUUUAAAAGGAAGUCCUUUGCACAAGUUCUGAUCAUUAGGAUCACUGCCUGUUGUCCUUUGCUCAGUUUGAAUUAAUUGGGAAGGGUAUUACUCUGAUCAUAUGAGUGGAUGAUUUCAUCAGAGUAUCCAAAUUAUGUGAGCACCAUCUGUUGCUUUGCAGGGAUCCUGUUUACUAGCUCUGAUUUAGUGGAAAUUUCAAGCUGGGAACCUCUAAUAAUACAACAUUUUUUGCUCUUCUAGAUAUGUUAUAGCUUUGUAUAAAUGGAGCUAAAUGCUACCUGAAAAGGUUUCACUUGAAUGAAACCAGCAUUCCACCAUACCCUUCCUCUGUGUCUUUUCUUUAGUGGGUCAUUAGUUAUACAGCAAACAAAUUUAAUGUCCAUGGCAGCUGUGGGAUGAUGGAUUACACACAAAAACUUUAUAGUCUCAAUCCUCGUUUGUCCUCCUGUAUAACUCUUUUCAAAUUGGCAGAUUCAAUCUGGCUGACUAAUUUGAGUGUCCAUCCUUGAUGUUUUUAAGAGAAGCAAAUUUUCUGACUCCUGUACUUAAUAAAGACACAAUAAUUUAAUAUUGGA